AUGGGUAUCCACCCACGCGACGCUCCCCGAGCCGCGGCGACGCUUCAAACACACCGUCGACGCGCCGUGAAGAGGGCUCGCCGGCUCCAGUUAACUCUCCGAGUCAUCGCGAUCAAGAGCGCCCUGCGCGCACGUCUCCUGCGCGCGCUCCGAGCCGUCUCACCACUUCGCGCGCUGCGCCACCGAGGGAGGAGCCGCGAGCUGCGCGAGCUCACUGAGCCACGGUACUCGUCGCUCCGUGCGGAAGACGUGCCCCUGGGCCCCGUCAUCUCCAACCCUUUGGACGAAGCUCAGUCCGAGGAGCGCCCAGAGCGGCGGCCUCUGCUGAACCCCAGCACUGCCGACUACGGCUUCCGGCCUCGCGACCCCGCGGAGGCUUGUCGCCAGGCGUUCCAGCAGUCUCUCGCGCUGCACGCCAUUGGGCCCGCAGCCCGUACUCCGGAGGAGCUCGCACUGCGUACGUCUCUGCGAGAGCGACUCCUCACUCCACAGUCUACGACUGUCGCGGAGUAUCGCGAGAGGUUGCGGCUGCAAGCCCAGCAGAAGUCCGUGCCCGCCAUGCGGACGUACCCGAUGCAAGUGGAUGUUCGAAUUGAACGCAAGCUCCGCUUCGACUUUGCGAAGGUCCGAGCCAAGCGCAGCCUUGGGGCAAUCACCCAGCCGCAGACCCAAUUUAGCGCUGCACGGUUCGCUACUUCGAGCACUCCAGCCGCUCCUUCCCGCGAGGGAGUGAGCGCUGUGGCUCAGGGUCAGCCUCGGAGCAAUGUGGCUGACUCAGCUGCUCCCCAGCUUAUUACCAGGAAGCGCGGGACGGCCGGCGUGCCGGCCUUAAGCCCUCGGGGCGCUGGUGAUCAAGCUGAUCAAAAGCGUCCACGACGUCUGGGCAAUCCUGGCGGAGGGGUACCUCAAACUCCCAUGAGUUCUCGGAGUGAGGCGCCGGUGGAGGACGCGCCAACCCGCCUCGCGACGUUGGACGAGUUGCACGAGACUCGGCAACAGGCGGAUCGCCUUCGGAACCACGUCCACGACAUCGACGCGCGUCUGGCACGUUGUGCGACUGAUCUCGCCAGGCUCGCUGAGCGGCUGGAGUGGCUUGGGGUGCCUCAGGAGGUCUGGGACCGACUUGGGACCUUGGAGAACGACUUCGUUCACCUGAACGGGUGGGUGAACUACUUUCGCGAUCGCGAACAGCGACACGCCUGA